AUGUGGACGAUUGGCUUGAAAACACGAACUAUUAUUUUAUGUUCAAUUACUUUUGCAUUUUUUAAGUUAUCAGGAUAUUUUGAGCCAAAUUAUAGGUAAGAAUAACUAGACUCUGAAGACUGUAUAAUCUAACAAUCAGAUGUUUGAAAAUUCAGAAAAUCUAAGACCAGCCUAAGAAAGUUCAAAAAUAAAUAUUUGUUUUUUAGAGUUGAACGAAUUGAAGAAGAAGAAGAUGUUGGCGACUUCAAAGCAUUUAUAACAUCAUCAUAUUAUUAUCCAAAAUCACAAAGUUUAGGUGAUAAUGCAUUAGCAAUUGUAAUGAAUAUAAAUCAAAAACGAAGACAUUGGUUUGAUAAAACAUUAUAUGAAAUUGAGAAAAAACCACUAAUAACAAUAAGAGCAAUCAAUUUAACAUCCACAAAAAUCAUUACAACAUCUUAUGAAAGAAUCACAUUGGCUGGAAACAAAUGUUUAUUACCAUCAGUAUUUCUAACUGUUCAAAUUCUACCAAACACACUUUCUGUUGAAUUUCUUGGUGAUAAUCAACAAAAUUCAGUAGCAAUUCCAUUUUCAAUUCCACCAACUACAAAAUAUGAUGUUGUAGUUUGUAUAACUCCAAUUUUUGUUGCUGAAAAUUGGCAGACUUUUUUGUUUGCAAUGCAUAUUUAUAAAAAGUUUGGAGCAUUUGUGAAUUUAUAUUAUAUUAGUUCGAUUGAUUCAUUUUUUGAUCUUAUAAGAAUUUAUGAAGAUGCUGGUUAUUUGACAAUUCAACCUUGGGUUACUAUUAAAAUGAUUGGAGUUGAUAAAAAUGAAUUGGAUGCUUUUCAACAAGUUGAAUUUAGAAAUCAGGCUGCUUCUCAAACUGAUUGUAUUUUGAAGUAUAAGGUGAGUUGGUGAAUUAAUUUUAAAACUUAGCAUAACUCUACUUCCGAUUAAAAAAAACUAACCAUCAAAUAAUGAUCAGCAUGGUCGAUUUAUCCAGAAGACGUCUUGUCAAAAAAAAAAAAAAAAUCGAAAAAAUCUAUUUUACUAAUGUACUUUUAGUAAAUCGACUAUGCUGAGCAAUAUCUGACACUUUAUUUUUCUCAAAAAUUAUUCUGAAGUGGAGCUUUAAUGACUUUAAUGAGCUAUUUUUUGAACUGAUCAGCAUGGUCGAUUUACCCAGAAGACGUCUUGUCAAAAAAAAAAAAAAAAAUUCGAAAAAAUGUAUUUUAAUAAUGUACUUUUAGUAAAUCGACCAUGCUGAGCAAUAUUUAAAUUUUUAUUUUUCUUAAAAAUCAUUUCGAAAUUCGAAAUUGAGCUUCUAUGACUUUUAUGAGCCAAUUUUCGAACUGAUCAGCAUGGUCGAUUUAUCGAGAAGACGUCUUGUCAAAAAAAAAAAAAAAAAAAAAUCGAAAAAAUCUAUUUUACUAAUGUACUUUUAGUAAAUCGACUAUGCUGAGCAAUAUCUGACACUUUAUUUUUCUCAAAAAUUAUUCUGAAGUGGAGCUUUAAUGACUUUAAUGAGCUAUUUUUUGAACUGAUCAGCAUGGUCGAUUUAUCGAGAAGACGUCUUGUCAAAAAAAAAAAAAAAAAAAUCGAAAAAAUCUAUUUUACUAAUGUACUUUUAGUAAAUCGACUAUGCUGAGCAAUAUCUGACACUUUAUUUUUCUCAAAAAUUAUUCUGAAGUGGAGCUUUAAUGACUUUAAUGAGCUAUUUUUUGAACUGAUCAGCAUGGUCGAUUAAUCCAGAAGACGUCUUGUCAAAAAAAAAAAAAAAAAUCGAAAAAAAGUUUUUUAUUGAUGUACUUUUAGUAAAUCGACUAUGCUGAGCAAUAUCUGACAUUUUAUUUUUCUCAAAAACUAUUCUGAAGUGGAGCUUUGAUGACUGUAAGGACCAGCGGAAUUAACCCUGGGUUUGCAAAAUAAUUUUUUUUAUUCAGGAAACCGCAAAAUUCGUGGCAUGUCUAGAUAUGGAUGAUAUUCUCAUUCCAAAACUUGCUCCAACAUUCAUCGAAGAAUUCAACAUUCUUCUCAAAAACGCGAAAGAAAAUAGUUAUUUAAUUUAUCCAAAACAAGAUUUCUAUGGCUUAACUGUUAAUAAUUUCAACAAUUUUUCGGUUUCAAGUAUGUUUGAAAGUUUGGAGCAACAAAACUGCACAAAAUCUGGAAAAAUUGUGACGGAUCCCAGGAUGAUAAAUUAUACAUGGAUUCAUUUUUCUCAACAAAAAGUGAGACGAAUUAAAGUUAAGGGAAAUAAUAUAACCCAUUUGAAAAAAUUGGAAUGGUUGGAAUCGUUUCCAAAAUCAAAUAAAUUAUCGAAUAUUUCAAUAAUGAACGAGAUGAAUGUGUUAAAAGAUAUCGAGGAAGAUUGGCAAAAAAUGCGAAAAAAAGUGGAUCUGAAGGAACCGUUACCAAAAGAACAAUUCUAUGCAAAAAUAGUUAGAGAAUGUUAUAUGAUCAAUUUCUAUAUAUACCUCUAUGCGAAAGUUACACCGCCACUUUGUUCAGGUCCACAUUAUUGUGAAUAUCCUCAAAGAUCUGAUAUUAAAUGUGUUCAUUCGGAUGCGAGAUAUGAUUAUGUUCCACAAAUGUCACCUAUAACUUAUUAUUUUGCAGUUCAUCCCAGGUUUAAUUCAUCCUAUGGAUGUUAUUCAUAA